GUUCAAUAUGCCAUUGGAAUGAAAUGACCUUGACUAAUCGAUCGUUACACAGUUUGUUUUAACUGACUAACUAAAGCGUUGAAGUUGAAGAUUAUUUUGUAAUGCAUUAAAACAUAUGACAAAAUAAAAUGAAAGUAAUGGGAGAAGAAACUAUACUUAUUUCAAGGUUGUAUCUCUUGUAAUCUAAAAAGUUGUUUUCCUUUUUAUUAUCAGUAAAAUUUGAAAGUGAAACAUUACAGAAAAGAAAGUUGUCAGUCUAGUCUAGAUCUAUUCAUAAAGAUGAAUUUUUCGAUAGAAUUAAUUACUUUAAUUCUACUAAAAUUAUUGACAAUUUAUGGAUUAAGUAUACUUCAAGAAAUGAAUAAAGUUUAUGCACCAUUUAGUGAUAAUAUCACAUCGACAGCUACUAUCAGUCAAAUUGGUCAUGGUCUCCCAACUGCGGAUAAAACAAAUUUAUGCUCACCAGAUAGCCCAAUCACGUAUACAUCUGUUGGAAUCUACUGCGGUAUACGUGAAAUUGUUCAUUGGCCAAAUGGACCAGCAUCAAUGGUUGAUAUUUAUCAUGGUAAUUGUUUUUGUUUUUUUUGUUUUUUGAAAAUAUUUUUUGAUUUUAUUUUGAAUUAA